AAAACGUACCUCCAACAAGAAUAAGGGCUUUCAUAGUGUGUCAAUGUAGAACGGGAAGAGGUGGGUCGAGAUGAAGGAAAGGAAAAAGAAGGAUAAAAAUAAAAUAAAACUGCGAUGGAAACAAAAACGCAAUUUCCCAGCUGUUGCACACACCAUGCCCAAUUGAGUAGGAUUGAUUCGCAGACAGCCAAUAGGAAUCGUUUACGGCAUCAUCCCUGUGCCUUUCUCCCUGUGAUGAAAUUUUUUUUUUUGUUGCAGAUCCCUUUCCAUACAUCAUCAUCCAGUGACUGUUCAACACGGCGCUACACUUUUUUGUACCAUGACCACACGAGAACAGGACAAUCUGCAAGCUACUUUGAAUGUCUUGAAUAAAAGACUUCAGUUGGCACAAGAACAACUGGGUCGUGCCGAAACGACUAUCCAUAUGAAGCGAAAGUUUCUAAAAAAAACCCGUCACACAUUGGAAACCGAAUUAAAGAACACGUUCUCUUAUGAUCGCUCGCUUCAACGGCAAAAGAAACGUACCUUACUGCUACCACCACCGGGACUGGUUCCUUUGCUGGAUACAUCAUCUUCUUCUUCCCCUAUACCUCAUGAUCCGAUGGAUACCAGUGACGACGGAGCUUGUGAAGUCUUGCGAAUUACGUCGUGUAUUGGCUCCUUCCGCGGACCUGACGAAGAUCGUCUCUGGUUUAAAGUCCACGCCAGGAACCUUUCUAGUCAAAUCAUCAUUUGCGAAGCAUAUCUUUAUAUGGACACUGUUCAACCAGUAGAUCUAUUGCCCGAACAAGUCUCACGAAAUACCGUGUAUACCAUUUCUCCAGGGAACGAGGUCACGCUGUAUGCCGCUUUCACAUCGCUGGUCGAUGUGUUUCCCGCCGAUUUGCAACAACAUCUCCGCAUUGCUUGCCGAUACGCUAUCGACAACGAUGAUGAGUGGCAUGUGACCCAGUACGCUCCUAUCCAGUGGGAUCUAAAUCUUCAAGCGAACUUUUUCCACGAUUUCGCCUCUGUAUCUGUAUUAGCGCCUAUUUACUAUCCUUCACGGAUACGACUGUUAAUGCAACUGGCCGAUCUUGCUCAAUUUAAAGAUCAACUCCACUUUUUACACACCGGUGGCCUUCAAAAUGUGCUGCACUCGGAAGAUCAGACGCUGCUGGUGAUUGGCCAUGCCGAUCAGGAUAUUCAUCUGUAUGGAUUUAACGAUCGGUCUCUGGCACGAUGUAUACGUACCCUUGCUCCGGUGAUCCAGAAUUUCAAUUCCUUAAUUUACCCCCAAGACAAAAACACGACACUACAGCAACUCAUCGUCGCCAUGGUAGAUGAAGUAGAUCACAUCACAUCCACACCAGACGACGAUCCCCUUGCCAAAGUUCGUCAACAUCAAACCAUGCUGGCGGCUAGAGAGACUACCGUCACAUUUUUGGACCGUUAUUUGAGUCAAUAAGAUGGAUAAAUGCGCAUGACUUGAUUUCCUUUAAUUGGUAUCUUUGUGCUUUUCAUGAAAUAACAUCCAGUUACACAGAUUUGGUUGUGCUACACAUUUU